AUAAGAAGAAGGAGGAAGAGGAAGCGGAGGCAGAAGCAAAACCACAGAAGAAGAAUUGGCCGCGUGUGUCGCUCUAAACUUAAUUCAUUCUCACAACAUCUGCUGCUGAGGUUGUGAAUGUCUUCAUAGCCAGACAAACCUUACUGUGUCAUUUGUUUGUAAUUACAAGCCUUUUGUAAUCACCUAAAAACAUUACGACUACAAGCAAGGAGGUCAGAGUUACCUUAAAAACUUCAGGUGUGUAUAUUUUUGGGUGAAAGACGCCGUGGGGACCAUGAUUAAGGAGAAUCGUUGGAACAUUCCUCCGAACGCUCCGGCGUGCAUGGAGAAACAUCUUUGUGCGGGGCACUACAGAGCAGAUGGCACAUUGUUGCUUGGAUCUUCCAGCCUCACUGGCAGGAGCUGGCAGAGCUCCGUGUGGAUAUACAGCAACCCCGAGCAGGCCCCCAACGAGGGCUUCUGCAAAGCUGGUGUGCAGACCGAGGCUGGAGUCACAGACGUCAAGUGGUUGUCUGACAAGGGCGUCGUGGUGGCAUCAGACUCGGGUGCCUUGGAGCUGUGGGAGCUGUUGGAGGACGAGCGCCUCCUGGUGAACCGCUUCACCAAGCAUGAGCAUGACCACAUUGUCAGCUCGGUGAGCCCCAUGGCUGCAGGCAACAGUGUUGUCACGGGAAGCAUGGACUGCAGAAUCAAAGUGUGGGAUGUCAGUCAAGAGAAGGUUGUCAACACAUACAACGUGCACACACAAGCGGUCACAUGUGUGUCCUGCAGUCCGACAGAAGAAUCUCUCUUUACUUCCUGCAGUCAGGAUGGCCGAGUGCUGAUGUGGGACACACGCAAGCCGGAUAAGCCGGCGAGAAGAAUAGAUGUUGAAGGCCCCAGCUGCAUACCCACCACUGUCACCUGGCACCCCCACCAUAGUAGCACAAUUGCCUUUGGCGACGAGUUGGGCAAAGUGUCUGUCAAGGACUUCCUGUCCACAGAGCCACCUAGAGUGGAGAGCGUCCACCGGCGCCGAGUCAACGCGCUCGCCUUUUCGACACACAGCACCCCCCUGCUUGCCUGCAUUAGCGAGGAUUGUUCUCUCGCUGUCUUGAACUCGGACCUGCAGGAAAUCUUUCGAGACAGGCGCCACCAGGACUUUGUCAAAGGUGUGUGCUGGCUGCAGGGGGGCUCCAACAAGCUCACCACUGUGGGCUGGGAUCACCUCGUGCUGCACCACACUGUGGAUCCAGCAGGGAGCGCUCCCAGCACAUCUUAGUGUGUGUAUCAUGAACACUUAGUGAUGCUAGCCUUUCUGUUGCAUAAAGGGCAUCAAAUCAUCUCAAUGCCAGUGAUACAGCAACAUUACGUUUUUUUUUGCUAUUCUGUUGCUUUUCUUCUCGUGUCAUCGGCAAAUAGGACACCCCCACAUUACUCAAUUUUUUUCCAAUACCAAGACUCCUAUUACUUUUUAUAGCUCUAAUAAAGGACAUUUGUAUAACGCU